AUCCAGGUUUGCCCCUAAGAACCCAGCAAGUUUUGAUGCUGAUAAUGUGCGUGUUGCAAAGCUCUUAGGAGGAGGUCUGCAUAACAGCACAAAUGCACAAUAGUUCGGGGUAUGGUUUUGAAAACCGAUGCAGUGGGAAGUAUAAAGCAAAUGGAGAAGGCAAAGGUAGCUGUGUUUGUUAGUGGUGUUGAUGCCUCAGCCACUGAAACAAAAGGAACUGUCUUAAUCCACAGUGCUGAACAGCUAGAGAAUUAUGCAAAAAUUGAGGAAGCUAAGGUUGAGGAGCUCAUCAAAGCAGUGGCUGAUUCUGGUGCCAAAGUUAUUGUUAGUGGUGGAGCAGUUGGUGAAAUGGCAUUGCAUUUCUGUGAGCGUUACAAGUACAUCGACCUUCCUAGUUCUUUUUUUCUGUUCCCUAAUAAUUCUCAACUUUGUUCUUUCUUGUCUUCAUCAGAAUAAGAUGCAAGCUUACUAAAGGACUUUGAUAGUUGAUGGCCAAAAAAAAUGUUUGAUACUCAAUUUUUGAUAUUUGUAAAUGUUUUUGUCUCGAUCCUCCAUAGCAUUGGCUUUUAAUUUUGAAGUUUCUCCUUGAAGCUAAUGGUCUUAACAUCAGCUCAAAGUUUGAACUGCGAUGAUUUUGCCACACAACUGAUGCUGUUGCUCUUUUGAAACUCAGCCAGCCAAAGCCAUAUGACCUGGAAUAUGUUGAUUCAGUUUCGGUUGAGGAAAUUGGUGGAGUUCAGAAGGUGGAAAUAGAGUUUCUACUCUGGUUCUUCAAGGAAGUAUUGAUAGUAUAUCAAAUCAUCUUAAGAGAACCAUUGAUGAUGGAGUGAAUAUGUAUAAGAUUGGAUCAGGAUACUAUCGCUAAAUUUGCUGAAAGUUUUGAAAUGAUACCAAGAACCCUGGCAGAGAAUGCUGGGCUGAAUGCUAUGGAUGUCAUAUCAAGCCUGUAUGAAAAAUGCAUUUGGAAAUGCCAAAGUGGGUGUUGACUUGGAGGCCGGUGAGACAGGCAGAGAUGUUUUUAAGGAUGUAUCAGCCAUGAAUAUUUGGGAUCUCCAUGUCACCAAGUUUGGAAAAGAAGGGAAAGGGACCACAUGGUAUGGUCUAACAAAUUGAGCUAGAAUGGUGCACGGUGUAAAACAAAUGAGUGGGUGCUACAGGCACGCUUGCAACGUGUAGGAAAGAGCCAUCCUAGCAUGGGCCCAACGAAUAUUUUGACCAUGCUGGACAUUUACAGUUAAAUAUUAAAUAAUUUAGAUUAGUCAAUAAUUUGAAGAUAUUUGUUUUUAUAUUUUUUUAGAUAUUAUUUAUCCUUAUCCCUCUAUUUAAGGA